GACAGAGGAGAGAGCGUCUGAGUGUGGAACAAUGGCCGGGUCAGCUGACACCAUUGAGAUGCCGGCUCUGGGCCGCCCUUUCCAGCUGGGGAUGCUGUACGACUGCCGCAAAGACUCCCUCAUCCCAGGCAUCACUUUAUGGGACCUGGAGACACUUCAAAAUAAUGUAGAUGCAAAACCACAAUCCAAGACUGAAUUUCAGAUUAUUGCAUCUGACACCACUGACGACAAGACCUCUUCCCUCAAUGUCACAGCAUCGCUGAAGGCCAGUUUCCUGUCUGGCCUGGUGGAAGUGAGUGGAUCUGCAAAAUAUUUAAGUGAUAACAAGACAUCAAAACAUCAAGCCCGUGUUUCUCUCCAGUACUCAACUACAACACAGUUUAAGCAGCUGACUAUGAACCACUUAGGGCACCAUCAUAUCUCCUAUCCUGAUGUGUUUGACCAAGGCACAGCCACCCAUGUGGUCACGGCUGUGCUGUACGGGGCGCAGGCAUACUUUGUGUUUGAUCAGGAAGUUACGUCAUCUGAGAAUGUACAAGACAUACAGGGGAAACUCCAGGUUAUCAUUAAAAAGAUACCCCUGGUUUCCAUCGAAGGGGAAGGAGCUCUCAAAAUGGAUGAGACAGAAAAAGCACAAGCUGAAAAACUUAAUUGUAAAUUUCAUGGUGAUUUUGCUCUUGAGAAUAAUCCAACUAAUUUCCAAGAUGCCAUGAAAAUUUAUUCCACCCUCCCCAAGCUGCUGGGUGACAGCGGGGAGAAGGCCGUACCAGUGAGAGUCUGGCUGUACCCGCUGACCAAGCUUGAUUCCAAAGCUGCUCAGAUGGUGCGUGAGAUCAGCACAAAACUCAUCUUUGAUGUUCAAACUGCUCUGGACCAACUGACAGAAUUAGACAUGCGAUGCAAUGAUGUGUUGAAGAAUCAGAUUGCCACAAAAUUCCCUGAAAUCCAGAGGAAAGUCCAGCAAUUCAAAGAUCUGUGUAAGCAACACAGACAGACUUUCCAAAAACAACUAGCAGGACUCUUACCGUCUAUCCGUGGAGGUGGAAAAGAGGAAGGGGCUCUGGUGGACAUUUUAAUCAGCAGUGACCGUUCUCUAUUCAAUACCCUAAAACUCAAUGAAUUUCUGGAUAUAAAGGAGGAAGAGAUGAAUUAUGUGGCAAACCUUAGUGCCCUAAGCAAGGCAGAAAUACUGCCCUCUCAGAGGGAACGAGAUAAAAUACUACUCGACCCCACACUUGACUUUGUCAUUUCUUUUACAUUCACCUCACUGCGUGAAGAGGAGCCAUAUUUAUCAGAUUUAAAUCUCUGGCUUCACACCCAGUUUAUAAAGGAAACUCAUGAUCCUGCACCAGCCAAUUGUGUCGCUGAAAAACCAAAAUCCAAAGUGUGGUUUGAGGAGAAAGAAAUUAAUACAAAAGCUCGAAAAUCUGCAAAGUCCCUUUCACAUUUUGUCAGUGUCAACAAAUCUAACAGGAAGACUCGGUUCAUUGUGGCCUCUGUCCCAGACAAGGACAAUCCAGGCACUGCCAUUUACCUGUAUGAGGAUGGAGAACUGGUCAGCACCAACUUUGAGCCUCCAUCAAAGCCUCUUCCAACCCUGAUUGAUGGAAUCAGACAUGACCGUGUGCAGCUCACGUUUAACCCAGCAGCCUAUGGCAGGGCUGCGAUAUCCGGCUAUCGGGUAGAAUACAGAAUUGCAGGGCAGGAGAACUGGAUGGCUGUGGAUGUAAAUAACACACAAGAGACAUUCACAGUAACAGAGCUACGUGCAAACACUGAGCACCAGUUCCGAUACGCUGCAAUGAGCAAACCAGGGCUCAGCGAGAGCAGUGAUGUGAGUGAUCCUGUGAAGACUCUUCCCCCUACCAGCCCCCCUGGGAAGCCCAUAAUAACUGCUGCAGAUUCAUCUGCCAUUGCCCUCACCUGGGAGAGUCCAAGGGUCAUUGGAGAUGGGGUAGUUAUAAAGGAGUAUAAGGUGGAAUAUAAAGAAGAGGUAGGAGAUACGAAUCAGGAGGGGAAAGACAAAUGGCUGGAACGAAGGACAAAAAAGAGAACCGAGUUCUGUAGUGUUGAUGGACUGCGUCCUGAGACCUCCUACAGAUUCCGAGUGUCGGCUGUGUGCAUGGAUGAGGCUCUGAGUGGCCCAAGCGAGAAGACUUGCAUCUCAACCCUAAAGAAAGAGAAUGUGACUCUGGAUCCAGACACGGCAAAUCCUGAGCUCGUCCUGUCUGAAGAUCGAAGAAGCGUAAGCCGGGGACACGAGAGCCAGAUGUUACCUUACAAACCAGAGAGAUUUGAUUAUUUGCUCAGUGUGCUGGGCUCUGAGGGCUUCAACUCGGGGAAACAUUCCUGGCAGGUGAAGGUGGAGGGAGGGGCAGCUGCAGACUGGGCUGUGGGGGUAGCUAGACAGUCUGUGCAGAGGAAGGGAGAGGUUGACUUUACCCCUGAGAAGGGGGUCUGGGUGGUGCAGAAAUGGGGCAGUGCCCGAGACUAUCGGGCUCAAACCUCCCCUGUCACCCGCCUGUCCUUGAGUAGAGAACCCAGCGAGAUCCGGGUCUCUCUGGACUAUGAAGGGGGGUUGGUGGCAUUUAAUUAUGCUGAUAAUCUGGCCCCGAUCUUCACUUUCCCACGGGCCUCUUUCAAUGGGGAGAAAAUCUUCCCUUUCUUCUGGGUCUGGGGUACAGGAUUCAAGCUGAGCCUGCAUCCCUGA